AUGGAAGAUGGUCGAAUUAAAAAUGAAAUAUUAUUCGAAAAUACUAGCAAUGAUAAUCAUAGAAUGGAAGAAAUAUUACUAGAAAUGAAACAUGAAAAAUUAAAAGAUGAAGUGGACACAAUGGAAGAUGGACGAAUUAAAAACGAAAUACGGGAAGAUGAUAGCAGUGAACUUGAAAAAGAAUUACAUUCAGAAUUAAUGAUCAAAGAUGAAGUAAUAGAUGAAAGUUUGUUAGAAACCCAACAAGAUCCAAUUGGAAAAAAAGCGUUUUCAUGUGAUUUUUGUGAUAAAACAUUUACUCGAAAAAGUAAUUUAAUUAAACAUAAAAGGGUUCACAGUGGUGAAAAACCAUUUUCCUGUGAUAUUUGUAUGAAAAAAUUUACACAACAAAUCACUUUAACUACUCAUAAGCGAAUUCACACCGGUGAAAAACCAUUUUCUUGUGAUUUUUGUAAUAAAACAUUUACUGAUAAAAACAAUUUAGUUCGGCAUGGACGGGUUCACAGUGGUGAAAAACCAUUUUCAUGUGAUAUUUGUUGUAAAAAAUAUACUCAACAACAUCAUUUAGUUAAACAUAAACGAAGUCAUACCGGAGAAAAACCAUUUUACUCAAACGAAAAUAAAUUUUCUUGUGAUAUUUGUAAUAAAAAUUUUACUCGACAAGACAAUUUAGCUACUCAUAAAAUACUUCACACCGGGGAAAAACCAUUUUCAUGUGAUUUUUGUAAUGAAAAAUUUAGUCGAAAAGACGCUUUAACUAUUCAUAAACGGAUUCACACUGAAGAAAAACCAUUUUCUUGUGAUCUUUGUAAUAAAACAUUUACAGUACAAAGUAGUUUAGUUCGACAUAAAAAGAUUCAUACUGGAAUUGUAGAUUUGUAA